CUGCGUAGCGCCUAACCCCAUGAUUACUGAAGGCUGCUAUGCAGCCUACUUACUGUUUGGCGUAUUUGUCUUCUGCAAGUGAGAGCCUUCUUCAAAUCACUUGAUGAUCCUCGUAACGCCAUACAAGAAAGAAAACGUUGAUCUUUAGCUGCGACGGCAUCAUAUAAGGUGAGCAUGGAAAACCUGGUGAUUUUUUUUCUGACAGUUUUGUGUUUCUUCUACCAAACGAAUAACUGCAAAGAUUUAACUUGCUCUAGACCCACACCACCCGAUAAUGCUUACAUCUAUACUGGCAAAAGGAAAUUAAAAGAAAAAUAUGGAUUGAACGAAGUGGUCAUGUUUCGUUGUAAAAUAGGAAACGGUGCUUCUUUCAUGAAAUGCAUUACUAGUGGAUGGAGUCAAAUAACUAACCUACAAUGUCUCCCUAUUGAGUGCAGGGACCCUGGUAGACCUGUAAAUGGUGCUAGAUAUCCCGACAGAAACAAAUACGUGUUCAAAGACAGGAUACGGUUCCAGUGUAAGACAAACUAUACGCUGAGUGGGUUUCCUUACAUUACCUGCCAACAAGAUAAAAGAUGGUCAGGAAAUGUACCAAGAUGCUUGGAGGCAUGUUUGAGGCCGAAUAAGUAUCCUGUCAAUGGAGGAAUUCGAGGUUCAUAUAUUAGUUACAGACACAAGUACAGCAUCAGAUACUACUGCAAUAGAGGAUAUAAUCUUGUUGGACGAGAAUAUGUAAGAUGUCUGAAUGGAACAUGGGAGAACAAGCAACCAACGUGUAGACCUGUUGAGUGCAGAGAUUCAGGUAGACCUGUAAAUGGUGGCAGAUAUCCCGACAGAAACAAAUACGUGUUCAAAGACAAGAUAGAUUUUCAAUGCAAUACAAACUAUACGCUGAGAGGAGAUUCUUCCAUUACCUGCCAACAAGAUAAAAGAUGGUCAGGAAAUGUACCAAAAUGUUUGGCUCCCUGCAAGGAUCCUGGUAUACCUAACAAUGGCCAACGUCAUGACCACUCGUUCUUACAUAAUGCUAGUGUAAGAUUCUCUUGUCGAAGAGGAUGGAACAUCCAGGGUUCUCAAACUAUCACAUGUAAUGAUGGAAACUGGGAUCGUACAACACCAGUGUGCAUGGAAUGUGCAUCAGCUCUUGGAAUGGAGGAUGGGAAGAUUCCCGAUAGUAACAUUCGAGCAUCAUCAACACGCUGGAUCUACCAUGCGAAGUAUGGACGAUUGAACGGACGAUAUGCAUGGUGUUCAGGAGUGGGGCGUGAUCCGUACCUUCAGAUUGACUUUGGUAAACCCUACAGGAUAACAGGCCUGGCUACACAGGGAAGUGCGUAUAAUAACAGAUGGGUGGAGAAUUAUACUGUCACAAGUAAUCUAGCGGGAUCAUCAUUUAACAUUUACAGAGAAGAUAACCGAGAUAAGAUUUUCAUCGGAAACAGAGACAAGGGAUCUGUAGUAAAAAACAAAUUGAGCAAUCCUGUUAUCGCAAGGAGAUUAAGAAUAUACCCAAAAAAACAAGGAGGAUUUUCCUAUUUUAAUCCUGCAUGUGUGCGAGUAGAGAUAUAUGGAUGUGACCUUCCUUCAGGUAAGUGUAUAGUAAUAAUAAGAAUAG